UAUGUUAGCUCUUUCCUUGGCUCUGAUGCUGCUGUCUCUGGCGCUGCUCUACACCUACUUGUACCUAGAGCAGCGCUAUAGCUACUUCCGUCGGCAUCGACUGAUCCAUAUACCCGCCUCCAGCUGGACGCCAUUUGGUCACCUGAAGCAGCUUCUGCUGCUGCGCAUCUCGUUUGGUGAUCUCUUCAAGGAAAUCUAUGCAGAUGCACGCAUUGAGCACGCGAAGCUUGCUGGUUUCUACGUGUUCCAGACCCCGGUUCUAAUGCUGCGCGAUCCGGAACUAAUAAGCCUGGUGCUGAUCAAGGAAUUUAAUAGCUUCCUCAACCGGUAUGAAGCCGCCGAUGCUCAGCAUGAUCCGAUGGGCGCAUUGACCCUGCCCCUGGCCAAGUAUCCGGUGUGGCGAGAGAGUCGGCGCUGCAUGUCGCAGAUGUUCAGCAGUGGCCGGAUGAAGCAGCGCAUGUAUCCCUUGAUGCAGCAGGUGCUGCUCGAGCUGGAGCAGCAUCUGGAUAGGCGCAUGGCCGGGCGGGCGGAGCAGGUGCUGCCGCUGAGUGAGAUGUGCCAGCUGUACACGACCGAUGUGACGGGCAGAUUGUUCUACAGCUGGGAUGUGGGUGGACUGCGCCAUGGUGAGUCACUCCUAAGGGAUCAGACUAAGCAGCUACUCCACCCGAAUCUCACCAAGGUGCUGCACUUCAUGUGCAUCUUCUUCUUGCCACAAUGGACUUGGCUACUACGCGCCAAAGUCUUUGCCGAGGGCUAUGCGCGUUUCAUGCGACAGAUGGUCGAGAGGCAGCUGCGGCAGCGAUGCCAAAAGCGUAAUCCUCUAGCGGAUGUUGAUCUGCUUGGUCUGCUGGAGCCACUGCAGCGUACGCAGCACUCGGAUUUCACAGCUUCCCAGGCGGGCAUCAUUCUCCUGGCUGGCUUUGAGACUUCGUCCGCCCUGCUGGGCUUCACAUUGUACGAGCUGGCCAAGCAGCCGGCGUUGCAGCGACGUUUGAAGCGGGAACUGGCCACAGCCUUUGGCCAGGAUGCGCAGCUUAGCUAUGAGACAGCUUCCACCUUGCCGUACUUAAAAAUGGUUUGUCUGGAGGCUUUGCGCCUCUAUCCCGCUGCUGCAUUCAUCAAUCGCGAAUGCACACGACCCGAGGGCUUCUCACUGCAACCACACAUGGACUACGUGAUACCGCCUGGUAUGCCCGCCUAUAUAUCCAUAUUGGGCAUACAGCGUGAUGCCAAGUACUGGCCCAAUCCAUUGCACUUUGAUCCGGAGCGUUUUGCGCCGUCACGUCUAAAGGAUAUAAUACCCAUGACUUAUAUACCCUUUGGUGCUGGACCGCAUGGUUGCAUCGGCAGUCGACUGGGUUUGCUGCAGCUGAAACUGGGCGUGGCACACAUACUGCGAAGGCAUCGAGUGGAAGUGUGCGAUAGAACUGUCAACCAAAUACGCUUCAAUCCAAAGACCUUCAUGCUGGAGUCAUUGGAUGAGUUAUAUUUACGUUUCUGCCUAGAUCCCAUGUAGUUAACACCAAUAUAUUUAAAUAUCUAUAAAUAUAGGCUGUGAAAUACGA